AUGGCCGAGCGGCCACAGCAGCUCGCUCUGGUUCGUGUGGCAGAGUUAGAGCUCCCCACUGGUACAAAUGGUCGUCGUACAAGUGCUAGUAGCACUAGUAGUAGUGAAAUGGAACGUCUUCAGGAAGAAUUAGGACUUGAGAUCAAACCACAGCGUUUACAACGCCAAUAUACACUCAAUGUAUCACCUUUCAGUUCUCGAGGGGACUCCAUGUCCCGUAUUGGUCUCUUGGAUGCUGCUCCAGAUGCUCUAGAGGACGUACUGAGUCGUUGGGAGAAGAAUCAGGUCAAGUGGCGGCGCGUUGCAUCCAGUGCAGAGAAUCAAGAAGACGGUAGUAUUGAUGACACGGAUACGUUGUUAGAAGUUAGUGGAGACUUGUUUGAGAACGAUCAUCGACCAGAAACGUUUGACGUCAUCUUUGGUGACGGAUUUCUUGGUCUUGAGUUUGUGAUUGACUCGAUAAAGAGCAAAGUCGUGCUUAAGAGCGUUCGUAUGGACACAUGGACAACCACAGUUGUGCAUAUUCCCCCACGGUUGACCAUCGAGAGAGGAUUGUUGGUAGAGGCUGUAAACGGUCGAGUUGUGAGCGGAAUGUUACCACAAGACGUGUUAGACAACCUGCAAUUCAGUAGACGACCCAUGACAGUGACAUUCCGACGAAUAAUCAAAUCUGUGGUGGUAUGUAAACUUUGUGAGACGAAAGUAGACGCGAACAGUUUGGAUGAACAUAUCAAUUACUGUGUCUUGUCCAAGAGAGUGGAGCUAGAAGCAGAUGUCAUAAACGACUCGCUCGUGAAACUUACAUCGUCGAUCGAUGCAUUACUUGAGGCCGAAGCGACGGCUGAGCUUGAGGAGAUGCAUAUGUAUCAUGCACUAAGAGUCAUCGCUAUUCAAGCUUCUACUUGUGACGUCACGAGUGUAGAUGCAUUUGCGUUGUGUGCCCGUCUAGUGAAAAUUAUUGAUAGGAUACGAGAACAGGAAGAAGAGGCAGAAAAUUUUGAUGUCGAAAGGGCCAAGUGCUGUACCAAGCUGCGUAACUUGAUCCAUGCCAAGAUGAGCAAAAUGCGAGCGUCUCAUAAGGUGAUGUUUCAACAGGCUCCUGCGGAAAUGGUGCGGGCACCACUAAAGCGCACCAAAUCACUCGAGGAUAUGGAAAUUAAUGAAUCCUUUCGAUCUCAACGACGUUCAAGCUUGAAACCGGCGUCAUAUCUUGUCUCUAUUCGCGAUUUCCAAAUUGUGAAGCCAAUUUCAAAGGGUGCCUUUGGCAAAGUGUACCUUGCUCGAAAGAAGACAACAGGUGAUCAAUAUGCGAUAAAGGUGCUUGCAAAAGAGCAUUUACUGCGCAAAAAUCAGAUCCAGCAGAUUGAGACAGAGAGGAAUAUUUUGGCCAGUGUUGUGAGCCCGUUUGUUGUGAAGUUGUUUUGGACGUUUCAAACCAAGCGCAAUCUCUUUUUGGUAAUGGAAUAUCUCCCUGGUGGUGAUUUCAUGUCGUUAUUGGAGUGCAUUGUGCAACUAGAAGAACAGGUGGCAUGUGUUUAUAUAGCGGAGAUUGCAAUUGCACUUAAUCUCUUGCACACUAAGGGCUGUGUUCAUCGAGACAUGAAGCCCGACAAUAUUUUACUUUCGUCUACCGGUCACAUCAAGCUAACCGAUUUCGGCUUGUCAGAGGAAGCUGUAGCUUUUAGCGACACCGACUCGGAACCUGACGAUGAGUCCAUUUCACGGGACAGCUGUAUACAGGAUAGUGCUCCUUUCGAGACCCCGCCGUCUGCUUCAGAGUCCAGCCGUCCGCGUCGCAUAUCGGGAUCCAAGAGAAACUCGAAAAAAAAAUCCGCGUAUCACACAUAUGGACGAUGCGGUACUCCAGACUACCUGGCACCUGAAAUCAUUCUUGGUGUUCCUCAUGGGCCGCCUGUGGACUACUGGGCAUUAGGCAUUAUCCUGUACGAAAUGAUGGUAGGCUUUCCACCAUUCAAUGAUGACACCGUGGAUGCAAUCUUCGAAAAUAUUUUAGAGCGGCAAAUCCUGUGGCCCGAUGGAGAAAAGUGCUUGUCUCCUGAGGCCGUGGAUUUGAUAGAUAAGUUGCUUGACCCGAAUCCAGAAACGCGAAUGAAUUGGGAGGGGAUCAAGCAGCACAAGUUUUUUGAUGGUAUCAACUGGGAUACAAUUUUGGAAUCCGUGCCUCCGUUUGUGCCGACGCUGGAAGGACCGACUGAUACCAGCUAUUUCAACAACCGCAAUCUCACUGAUGUAUUCAUCGAUGACGACGAGUUUGACAUUUCUUCUCGAUCGGCAUGCAGCAGUCAAAACAAUAUUGACUCCGGACCUGAGAGUGACGACCAGCCACUAGGUUCGCCAAACCCGCAAGGAGACAAGAACUCGGAUAGAAACAACAACGCGAGCAAUAUUUCUGUUGCUAUAGCAGACGUUGACAUGUCGUGGGGGACCACAGGUGCACUAGGUGUGCUAGAUGCAAUGGGAACUGUAAAGGAGGAACACAUGGGCACCAGUUUGCGGACCGAAGACAACAACAAUCACUAUCGAUUCCCUAGUGGAAUGUACGGUAGCGUCAGUCACUCCACACUGUCUGAUGCUUUCAGGUCUUUCAGUUUUACAAACAUGAACGCACUUGCAGCUGCAUCUCAAGCUGAAGCUGAAAUGAUCACGGAAACUCAACAGCAAAUGGUGGGAGUUGAGUCUGGUCCAUCUAUACUAAUCUAG